CUGUGCCAGUGAUCGGACGAAAAUGUGCUCAAACGGUCAAUGUAACGUUAUUGUGCGUUUGAUAGUCGCUCUGGUGUACAUCACAUCGAUCUGUGCUGAUGAAAGUGAUUUCUUUGCCAUUCUACCUUCGACGGCAUAUUCAAAUCAGUCAGCUGAGAUAUUGCUAGUGAAUCUUGAUUUCGAGAACGACUGUAAAUUCACCAUCAAAAAUAGUGGAAACACAAAUGAAGAAUCAAAAACGAGCAACGUCGCAAAAGGACAUUUCAACCACUUCAUCAUACCUUCGCCUUGGUAUGAAACCCCUAGCGAUAAGAUGGAGUUGGAGUUCCUGACCUCGAAUGAAUUCUACGGUGUACUUGGGGAAAUUCAAUUGCGUUAUCAACCGAAGGUGCUGAUACAGAUGAGCCAACGGGUGUACAGUCCGGGCGAUUUCGUAAAAUACCGGAUCCUUCUUACCGAUCCGCAAUAUCAACCGAUGCCAGCCGGAGCUCGUUUGUUCGAUGCAACCAUUUUAUUGGACGAUGGACGAUUUGUUCUUAAUCAAAACAUACAGCUCGAUGCAGAAGCAAUCUACAGUGGAGAAUACCUUCUCGGGCAUCAACUGGAGUUGGGCCAAUGGACAUUUGGAGUAAAGAUCGGAGACCAAACGACGAAAACUUAUUUCCACGUGCUACAGAGCACCACUCCUAUCCAGGAGAUAAGCAUCACCACCAAGGACAUUAUCAUGCUCACUGACCGUACAGUGGUGCUCCAUGUUUCAGCCCGGUACACGUUUGGUGAGCCUCUGAAUGGGACGCUUCAGCUAGAACUUUCCGGAGAUCGUGAGCAGUACAUGCAAAACGGCAUUUCUAUUAACGGUAGCACGCAAGUCGAGAUUCCUAUCGAUAAACUCGUUAAUGUUACGGAUAUGAGUGAGAAUGCGCGAGAGGUAAAUGUGAAGGCCACUAUUGUGACGACAAACCAGUUAACCGAACGUUUGCACGAGUACAACACAGUGAUAAGAAUUUACAAUAUUCCUUACAAAUUGUCUCUGCACAAGUUGGUUAGUUUUGAGAAUGGUAAUAAUGUCACCUUCCUUGUUCAGUUGACCAAUCCCAACGGGAAGCCGUUGUCAGAAGCCUCACCAGAAGUGUCAAUACUCGCUGAAUCUGAAGAAACUGGGCCGAUUAGAUCAUUCAAUGUAAAAAUAGAUCAACUAGGAACUGCAGUUGUUUCCGUUAAGCUGCCUGAAGAAGCAUAUACAGUGACAUUCACUGCAACAUACAAGGAUGCAACGGCCACACUCAUGGUAGAAGAGAACACCAGCCAUGAUCUCCAUGUGCGAUUGGUUCCGAAUGGGGCUCGUAAGGAUAUAUCGGUAACUUCGUCGGCUGCAGUGAACGAUAUCGCAAUAAUGCAAAGUUCCGGGAAUCGAAAACGUAUUACAAUCCAUACAAGCGAAAUUGCCAAAACUCAUCACCAUAUAUCGGGCGAAAAGCUUUCCAUAGAUUCUGCUGUCGAUCGGAUUCAUGUAUUUGCCAUGAACAGCGGCACCGUCGUGUAUACUUCCGUUUCGUUCAACACUCUUCCAGUAGUACAAGAGCUGCAAUUUGAACUGCAUCCUCUGCUAGAAGACAAUUAUAAUUUAACUGUUACUGCCAGCCCCAAUGAACGGGUAGGGAUGGCAGUUUAUGAAGGAGCGUUAGAAGAGAAUCUGAUCAGGAAAGAUAUCGAGCUUAUGUUUAACUGUCCUGUUGACCCUGAGGACGAUUCUAUAUCAGUUGUGUCAUAUGAUGUGCACAAUGUGGGAACUCAAUCUAUCGCUCGUCAUGAACAAUUAACCGGAGGAUUGACACCGUUGUUGUUCUGGAACGCAACUAGAAAUAGCACACAGUUUAUAUUCAACGUCCCAUUGCAUGUCAAAACCUGGACAGUAGCUGCUUUUGCAUAUAGCGAACAGAAUGGGCUACGCAUCGCCGUUCCGGAGACAAGGCGGCGUGAAAGUCCAGUUGAAAUUUAUAUUCAUGUGCCAUACUCAGUUACCGGAUUGGAAACGAUCCCGGUGGACGUUUACAUCGUAAGCAAACAUAACCAUACGGGUGUAUUGUUGCUACAGCUCCUGAACUCUGCCAAUGAAUUCAUCUUCGUCAACAACUCCGGGAAAAUGGAUGCUGAGUCAAAAUCUGUAUAUGGUACACUCAAACCCUAUGAAGUACAACGUGCCGAAUUUGUUAUAAGGCCCAAAAAGCUGGGUACUAUUAAGCUUACUGCAUGCGCUAAACUCUUAUAUCCUUCUGCUCCAUACUCUUAUGCUACAACGGUUCUCCGGGUAGAUCCGGAGACUUUACUGGUUUCUGAUACAAUAAUACGUCCUGUCAACGUCCUUAACAGCCACAUUUCCUUUAAAAAAAUUCAGAUACCUAUUCCUCCUUCAGCGGAACCUGGCUCUGAGAAAGUAUCGAUAAAACUAAGCCAAAACCAACCCAAAACCAACACUUUAUCCAAAAACAUGCUGCUGGAUACACUGACUGAAUCGCUCGAUCCCUAUACCAUGGCCAUGAGAGCUGCAUUAGUGCACGAAGUGAUUGUCAAGAGUAGAAUGAACUGGCCAGAGAAAAUGGCGACUGCAAGGAAAAUCAUCGAAACUUCGAUAAAAAAGAUUGAGACACAAGCCAACGCAGAUGGAUCGUUUAACAUCGCCGAUGAUCGCGCAGCCAGCUCCACAUGCCGUGAUACACUAACCGCCAUUCAAGCACUGAUCUUUGCGAAGAAAGCGAAAUAUACUCCGGCCCAGGGACCGGUACUAGAGAAAGCUUUAGAUUGGCUCAAACAGAAGCAGUCCGCGAAAGGAUCGUUCUGUGAAACUGGCGAUCUCGACGAAGUACUGUCGAUCGAAAUAACAGCUCACGCUCUACUCGCGUUCCUUAAACUGGACACUAUUUCUUGGAAGUACGAAUCAGUUAUGCGAAGCGCCACGAAGUUCUUAAUUUCUUCAUCAAAAAAACUAUCCGAUCCGUAUCACUUGGCGUUGACAGGAUAUGCCUUACAGUCGGCUAAAAACAGAAAAAUCGAAACGGCAAAAGGGCCCAACAUAGAGUCAACACUGUUAGAAUUGGUGGUCAAUUUAACGGAAACAAGAUUGCGCAACCCUUCUAAAACGAAGUGGUGGUGGAACUCCACAGUCAGUACGGAUUUGGAAGCAUCAGCAUACGUUUUAUUAUUGUGGAUUGAAAGAGGAAAUCUCGUUGAUAGCGAGCAGAUCUUCAACUGGCUCAGACAGCAGCCUUAUCGUUUGGGUGAUGCCACUAGUCCAUCCCCUAACUCACGCAUCGCUUUACGAGCGCUGAUUGCUUAUGCCGACAGAACGAUUUUCCAACAACAUACAUUUAACUGGAGUUUGGAAGCGACCAUUUCAGGUAGCAAAACUCCCAUGCAACUGUCGUUCGGUGAUAAGGUGGAUAACAACAAAGCAAUCCAAUUACCGCCAAAGACACGAUCUCUGAAUAUCGUCGGAGAAGGAACCUUAACAGGUUCCUUUUAUAUCAGCUACAGAUACAUCAUAUCUAAGGUCAAACAGCCUGAGGCACAACAAUUUGGCAUUAUUGUAACGAAAUUCACCAGCGAUACGGAGAACUAUGAAGACUGGCAGGUUUGCUUGACUUUCAAACCGAAACAACACGGCAAGAGGGCUAACAUGGUAAAAUGUGAAAUAUCCUUCCCAACCGGAUACAUCGUAGAUGACGAAUCAGUCGAUCUCCUGAGGAAGCAUGAUCAAUACGUCACAAAUACGAUGAGAAAUGAUGACACAGUUUUGGUGAUUGUCUUCGAAACGAUUUCAACAGGGAAAACAUGUUUCAAUAUAACUGGAUUCCGCCAAACUAAUACAGCACGGCAGCUUCCGGGGAUGAUUAAAGUUUAUGACCUAACUGAUCCUGAUAAAUUUGGAUUCCAAAGCUUUGAUACUGUCGAGUAGAAGAGGAAUGAUGCUGGGGCCACGAGAAGAUGACACAACAGUUUACAAUAAAUGGGAAAUGAAGCACCGAUUCGAGAACCAGUUCUUUUGAAAUAAA